CUUCCCCGUCCUUUCCUAAUUUAUAUCGCCGGCCGGCCGAUCUUUUGCGCAGAAAAAAGCAGCAGGUGGACCCCUCCACCCAGUCGCUUUCUCACCACCUCCCCGCAAUCUUAAACUCAGAUUAGUAUCUACGGAGGAGUAUCACUUUCUUUCCUUUCUUCCCACCUUCUCUUCUCUUGGCUUCACUACACUCUCACUCUCUUUUGCUCUGUCAAGAGCCCAGUUCCUUUUUCUUGAGUUAAAGGCUGCCAAAGAGAUUCCUCCUAUCUGAAACAUCCACCAUGAGUAACGCUGAGCUCAAUAUCCAUUAUUCCACUGAUGGAAUCCCGCCUGAAAUUAAUCUAAAAGAGUUAUUUCCUGAGGAUGGUGAUUUAAGUUAUGAGGAAGUUCUCCAGCAACAGGAAACUGUGUAUUUAUCACUUCAAGCAUGUUGGAAAAACGAAGAUGCUCUUGGUGAACAUGGUCAAACCAGUAAUGGUAGUCAGGUUUCAGCACCAGAUGAUGAAUCCUCGCAUGGUGAAAGCAUUGCAUCACAAUUGGCUCUGGAUGAAGCUCUAGCUAGAUCAUUAGAGUUGGGGGAUGAUUUAGAAAAUUUCUGCACACAUCAAGACCAUGAUACAGUGGCUGGAAAUGGGGAAUCCACUCAUGGAGAAACUCCUACAAUGGCUGAAAGUUCAAAUCCAAGGGAAGAUGAUGUUGAUCCUGACAAUAUGAGCUAUGAGGAAUUACGGUCAUUGGGAGAAGCUGUUGGGCAUGAAAGCAGAGGGCUGUCAGAUGAUGUCAUAUCUCAAUUGCCAACUUUCAAAUACAAAGUUGGAUUUUUCUCAAAGAAACAGAAGGAUGAGUGUGUUAUAUGUUACGUGGAAUAUACAUAUGGAGAUGGGUUGAUGAGUUUACCUUGCGCACACAAGUACCAUACAAAGUGUAUAACACGCUGGCUGAAAGAAAGCAAGAAUUGCCCCCUUUGUUAUGAAGAAGUGCAAGCUGAGUGAUGAGCCUGCCAAAACUUGAGAAUUAAGCUACCCAUAAGGCAUAUGGCUGUACGUAGCUAGGUUUGUAUUGUUUCCAUUUGCUUUAAUUUGGCUCUAGAUUGCAAAGCUACUGUUUCUUGUUCUCCUUAAUUAGUUGUAUAGGAACACACGGCCUCCUUUACUUUGUAUUAUAUAUAUAUA